AUGGGUUCCAACCGAGUGACCGCAAGAGAACUCUGUGAAAAUGAUGACCUGGCAACCAGCUUGGUGCUUGAUCCUUACCUGGGAUUCCGAACACACAAAAUGAACGUUGGUCCACUGCCUUCUAUAAGGAGACAGCAUCACUUGAGAGAGGCACUGCACACAUUCCGUAAGAAGAGAGACCUGGAGGCAGCAUUCCGUGCUCUUAUAACAGGGGCCAAUCAUUACCUCAAAAACCAAAUAACACAGCAGGAAGCUACGCUGAAGGCACAUAUAUUCCGAUACUUGCGAAUGUUCCUGCCAGAGAGUGGCUUCAUGAUCCUGCCUUGCAAUCGGUACUCUCUGGAAACCAAUGGAGCCAAAGUAGUUGCUAUAAAGCCUUGGGUAAAGAAUGAGAAAAUAGCUCUGCUUGUAGGCUGCAUAGCCGAGUUAACCAAAGCUGACGAGAGCCUCCUUCGCUUUGGUGAGAAUGACUUCAGUGUUAUGUACUCCACCAGGAAGAAGUGUGCACAGCUUUGGCUGGGGCCGGCUGCUUUUAUUUAAUCAUGACUGUCGGCCCAACUGCAAGUUUGUUCCAACAGAAGGAAAUACAGCUUGUGUAAAAGUUCUCAGGGACAUUAAGCCAGACGAUGAAAUCACCUGCUUCUAUGGAGACAGUUUUUUCGGAGAGAAGAAUGAGAUGUGCGAGUGCUGCACUUGUGAAAGAAAAGGGGAGGGAGCAUUCAGACUUCAAAAGAAAGAGCCCUGUGAAUCUACCUCAUUAGAGAAAUACCAGCUCAGAGAAACUGAUGGUCGCCUGCAAAGGUUGCAAGGUCAUAGUGACAAACAAACCCAGCAUGGCACUACCCGAAAAAGAAAACGUGUCUCAAGUUUAAGAUGUAGAUCAUCACCAAGCCUCAAAAAGAGCCCUGUAAAUUGCAAGAAUAGCACUUUUCUGUCACGUCUCAGGUCGCCACUUUCAUCUCCAUAUUCCCGGUCUUGCCAUGGAACUCGGCGCUGUUCUAUUAAUAGGUCACAAAUGCAAGUGAAUUUUGCAUUGCCUCCAGGAACCAUCAUAAGAGACAUUCGCAUAAACCUGCACAAUUCCAAAUGUAGUCGACACUCAGCUGCAGGAACACCUAGUGAAGUCCAUGGCUGCAAAUUGGGCAAAGAACCUGUGGUGAGACUUAAGCGGCAAAAUGUAAGUCCUGAUAAGCUAAGGUUUUACCAAGGCUUAGAUAAAGCCCUGCACAAUUCAUCUCGAAUAUCUCUACAAGGCAAAACCAAUGCUGUGGAGCAAAACGCCAAAGAUCAUACUUUGAAUGAACAUAGUGUGGUGGAGGAGAGCUUAGAUUCCGAAAUCCUCUCAACCUGUACCAGCUUGUGUAUAGAUGAACCAGAUGUAGAUGUCUCUGAAAAUCAAAACUUUGCAUCCGAUUCCAUUUCAAACUCUGACAGAAUGAACAUAAAUGGCGCUGAUAUCACCAUGGCUCAACCAGAGUUGGGUGUUCUUGUUUCUCCUUUAAACUCUAAUAGAUUAUGUUCAACUGUAGUGUCUCAAAUGCAGGAGGACGAUAACUUUCCACCAGCUGGAUCCUUACCUGAAAAACACUGUGAACCUAAACAAUUCAAGCUUCAAAUUCUCUCCAGAUUUUAUGUUGCCUAAAAAGCUUGGUUUAACACAUUACAUCACAGUCAACUUGAGCAAAUCAAGAGUUUCAGGUGCUGAAUAUUUAAACACUCCAAGCUCUUUCUAUUAUGUCAGAAAGCAUAAGCGUAGCUGCAAUCAAAAGCCAUUUACUGGAAUUGCUCAUGAUCAGAUGGUAGUGAAAAAUGCUGUUGACAGUCAGGUCGUGGAUGCAGACAGCUCUUUAACUGAACCAGCUGAUAGAAAUGUGAAACCAAGGACAUACACAAGUAAAGUUUUCUCUUUACGAUCCAGACCUAUAUUGUUUGAAGAGCCAAAAGAAAGACAGACUGCUUUUCGUAAAAAGAGGCAGACAACUCAUCUAGACUUUAAUGGGCACAAUAAACUGGCAGGCAACCAUAGAAGUAGUAGACUUGAAAGGCGUCACUCUGCUCCUCAUAAACUACUUAGUGUCGAACUGCAGUCGGAUCCCAAGCUAUCUUUAAAGCCAUACGUAGAACUUAGUUUAAACACAACAAUCUCAAAAGAAGAAUCUCUGUUUCAGAAGCACAAACAUGUCCUGUGCCAUUAACAGAGGGAGCUGCUGACAUGAGCAUGUUCAUCUCACCACAGUCUGAACUUUUGACUAAUGGCAGCAAGAAAAAAAGUGUGACCUUUAGUCCUUUUACCCCCUUCCAAAAGACUGCGUCUUGUUGUUAAUAAUGGUUCUAUAGAUCUGGACAUUGCAUCCUCCGCUAGUGAUGAGUCUAACUGA